UUCGACUUCGUUCCCAAAGUCAGCAGCCAUGCAAGCGUCGUCCAGAGAACUGCUGAAGCUCGCUGUCCCCCUCGUGCGCACGCACGGCUUUACGCGCGAUGCGUUGGCGCGAUCGGUGCUCUCCCUACCCAAGCCGCACCCUGAACCGCUCUCCGACUCGGCGGUCUCUGCACUCUUUGGUUCGGGAACUGCAGCACCGAAGUCGCUCAUCAACGCCUGGCUGGACGAGGGACUGGAGGACCUGCGUGCAGCCGCUCGUCGCGGUCCUGUGACUGUUCCCUCUGCGCUACAUGCGCGGUUGAGGUGGAAUGAGCCAGUGCUAGAGCAUCUGCCUGAGGCUUUCGCGCUGUUGGCGUCACCGGAGAAGGGGGCGCCACCGCUCGAUCCCACACCUGCUUUGAAGCAUACAUUCAGUAUCGCAAAUGAGGCAGCAUACCUUGCGAAGGAUAAGACAGUGCAGUUGGAAUGGUAUGCCAGGCGAGGAUCGCUUGCCCUGAUAUACGGUGCAGCAGAGUUGCACCAACUGAAGUCUCCUGAGACCGCACAUCCCUUCCUUGACUCCCUGCUCUCUACCUCUUCGAAAGCAAGAGCUGCAUUAGGGGAUGUCGUUCUGUAUGGGGACUACGUCGCGAAGAGCUGGUAUGGCAUAAUCAAGAGCUCGGGGGCUUUCUCAUAGCUGUAUCCCAUGGAAUGUUGAUGGCUUUGCAAUGGAUGGUUUCUGACUCA